UUCAGUCUUGCUUCUUCAGGAAAGAAGAUUUCACAAAGUCACAGCAAGAUGUGUGACCAGCAGAAGCAGGCACAGUUUGCUCCGUCUUGUGUGAAAGGUUCAGGAUUGGGGGCUGCCCAAGGGUCCGGUGGUGUCGCUGUUCAGGGCCAGGGUCCGGGCCAGACCCGAACUGUCUGUGUGACAGGCCCUGCUCCCUCGCAGCCUCAGACCUUUGUGACGUACUUAGCUCCAAUCCCAGCUCAAACCUAUGUGAGGGUCCCAGCUCCCUGCCAGACAUACGUGAAGUGUCCAGUUCCCUGCCAGAGGAAAACCUACGUGAAGUGCCCGGCUCCCUGCCAGACGACCUCCGUGAAAUGCCCGACCCCCUGCCAGACCUAUGUGAAGUGCCCGGCUCCCUGCCAGACCACCUGUGUGCAAUGCCCGACCCCCUGCCAGACGUAUGUGAAGUGCCCGGCUCCCUGCCAGACGACCUACGUGAAAUGUCCGGCUCCCUGCCAAACCCAGACGUAUUACGUCCAGUCUUCUCCUUCCCAGACCUACUACGCUCAGGCCUCUGGGGGUGGCUCAUCCUCACAGGGCUGUGCCCCUGACCCAUGCCCUGCUCCCUGUUCCACCAGCUACUGCUGUCUGGCUCCCCGGACCUUCGGGGUCAGUCCCCUGAGGCGCUGGGUCCAGCGUCCCCAGGGCUGCAACACAGGAUCAUCAGGCUGCUGUGAGGAUUCUGGCUGCUGCAGUUCUGGGUGCUGCAGCUCCGGGGGCUGCGGCUCUGGGGGCUGCGGUUCUGGGUGCUGCUGUUUGGGAAUCAUCCCCAUGAGGUCCCGAGGUCCUGCGUGUUGUGACCGUGACGAUGACUGUUGCUGUUAAAUAUAAAAGGACGGGCCUGCUCCAGAGCGCACAGCCCCGCUCUGCCUUCUGAGACCCUCACCAGCUGUGUCCCCUCCCUGGCCCACCUCAGUGAUGCAGAACCUCCUCACUCCACCUCCGUCCUUCGCUUCUUUAUCAAGGCAGCCUGCCAAAGUUAGCGCAAACCCCAAACUUUGGCAAGAAUAAAACCAUGAAUGCAAU